AUGUUCGGUGCCUCUCCCUCGUCUCCAUCUGUCAACCUCCAGCCCAUCCAGCUUUCCAUCGAUUCUUUCAUCGAUCCGUCCGCACAUCCCAUCCAGCAGCCAGCGUGCCAUGUCUGCAGCCACAGACUUUGAUGCCUUCCUGGACAAGCACGAUCUCGCCAGGAACAAGACCCUCCUGGUCGACCACGAGAUCAACAGCACCGACCUGGUCCUCUCUCUGACCGAGCCAGAGAUGAAGCAGAUCGGGCUCAAGCUCGGCGCCAUCAAGAAGAUCCAGCGAGCCCAGCGCCAGAACACCGAGCCGCCUGUUGUCGUCCACAAGAGCGAGCCACCGCCAUCCAAGACACCCGAUAGCAGCGAGAAUGCUGUUCUCCCUGUGGUCCGAUACAGACCGCCUCCGCUGACGAGGGGAUGGAAGUGCCAGCUGGGCAACAGGGACCACGAGGUGUUCAUCAGCUAUCGAGUCUUCAGCGACGAGAUGCCCGCAAUCAAGCUCUACGCCGCCCUCAAGUCGUCCAGCCAAUACGACAAGAACCUGUGUCCGUACCUCGACCAGCUGUGUCUCGUCGAUGCCAUGAACUGGGAGACGGGCUUCAUCAACGGCCUGGUCAACUCGCAGGUCAUUGUGCUGGUUCUGUCGGAGCGGGGACUGAGCCGCACCCGCGAGGCACACCUCAAGCCAGACAACCAGUUCCUGGAGGUCCAGCAUGCCCUGCGUCGGAUGCGAGAGUCGGCCACCACCGGCCGCCCGGUGACCGUCCAGCC